GUACAAGGCGUUUCAGGCGUUUCCGCAGGGCGAGGCGGAAGUGUCAGUGGCGGUGGACAUUCCGGACGGCGACUGGGUGGUGGUGCUCAACGCGCCCGCAUUCCAGCCGUUCCCACGAGGAGAGGUGGAGGUGUCAGUGGCGGUGGACAUUCCGGACGGCGACUGGGUGGUGGUGCUCAACGCGCCCGCGGGGGGCAUCCGCGGCACCGUGCACGUGCUGCCUCCCGGCACGCGCUGCCUCUCCGUCGUCGGUGCCGCCUUCGCCGUUGGGCUCGCCGCCUGGGGUUCCUGUGCGCUUGAUGACGGCGCUGUGGCAGCCAAUCAGACAGAGCCAGGUGGCGGCGCUACUGUUGCUGCGCCUGACAUCUGUCGUGAUGCGUGUGCAAAGCUGGUGGCCUGCCUGCCAGCAACCUGCGGGCGAGAAUUCACGGAGAGAGAGGUGGCAGGGGCGUUCGUGGACUGUGCGCGCAUAUGCAUCAUCGCACCCUCCUCCAUCACCACCUAUGCCAACUCUUCCUGCCCCAUGCCGAGUGCCUCUCCCCUCCGUGCACGCCGCAACCCCCCUCACCGACUCGAUCCCAUCCCAGGCUCAUACGCAGCGGUUCAUGUGUCUGGUGGCAACCACCGCAAAAGACUGACAGUCCUGCAGGUGGCGGUGUCGCGCGCGCUCUUCACCAUGGCCAAGGACCGCUGCCUUGCAGGCCGGGCGCCGGGAGCAAGCAGGAAGCACGCGCAGGGAGGUCCAGGUAGCGUGAGGUGGAACAUGGUGGCGUGCCUCUGCACCAUACUGGGGGGGCCCUCCAAGACGCUGGACGAGUGUCGCCUCACGGAUGAAGCAGGGCAACGGGUGGAGUCUAUUCCGAACAUGUAUGUGUACCUGCACAGCACGCAUGUGAGGGGCGGGCGCGUGAUCUCAUUGCAGCACAUGCGGCGCUUCGUGCAGAUGGUGGCGGCGGCGCCGCGCUCCGUGACGCUCAUUUCGGAUGCGGCGGCUGCGCGCCUCAACACGCUCAUGCACUCCUUCGAUGAUGCCAUCGUCACCUCCGAUGCUGUCGGCUGCUCUCAAGGUGCUCAUGGCUGCUUUCCUCCCACUGUCCUCCACUCCCUCCUGCGCCUCCCCCAAUCCGUCCAACCAGAGAUGGACGACGAGUCCCCUGGCUCCUUCUCGUACAGCAAGGUGUUUGACGAGCCAAUCACGAUCCACUACGAGGAUGGCACUCUCUCUGUCGACGACUCCUCCACCUCCUCCGCGUCUUCCUCCUCUGCUGUGUCUCUUCUCAUUGUGCUGCCUGCACGAACAGGAGCUGCGGUUGCUGAUGUUGGGAAUGCCACUGACAAUAGCACUCUCUCAAGCACAGCACGUGUCACUGCCACCAACACCACCACCCCCGCCUUCUCCUCCUCCGCCUCCUCCUCCUCCUCCUCCUCCUCCUCCUCCUCCUCCUCCUCCUCCUCCUCCUCCUCCUCCUCCUCCUCCUUGCCAUCCUCCGCCGCCGCAGCAGCGUAUGAGUGCUCGCCGGGGUGCCGGCUGCAGCGGCUGGCGAACGGGGCGUGCUGUCUAUCCACGACGGUGGGCAUGAAUCUCAACUUCCCAUUCUCGUUGCAGCGCUACGGCCCCAACUACACGGAGAGCAACUUUGCCUUUACGGCUGAGAGGGGCAUCGCUGUCAACCGCUUCGUGUCACGUCGCAACCGUUUGCUGAUUGGCAUGGUUCUGCAGUUGCUAUUCAUAUCCUCCUUUGCCACCUCUUCCCCACCAGCUGCACCACCUCUUCCCAACCAGCUGCACCUCUUCCCCCACCCCACCAAGUGUGCCUCCUCCUUUCCCCCCCUCCCCAGGCUGCUGCACCUGGCGGGGUGGUGCAGCAACGGCACGUCCAGGGAGCCGUUUGGAGUGAACCCCCACUUUCUGCCCACGUCGACCAUCUACGACAGCGCUGCCAGCGCCAACAUGACCCAGCUCGACAACAACACCUUUGGCGUCAAACUGCGCUUCAACCCGCAGGACCUUCUCUACGGCUUCAUCUACCCCGUGGUGCGUGGUGGUUCCUUAAUUUACCCCGUGGUGCGUGGUGGUUCCUUAAUUUACCCCGUGGUGCGUGGUGGUUCCUUCAUCUACCCCGUGGUGCGUGGUGGUUCCUUCAUCUACCCCGUGGUGCAUGGUGGUUCCUUCAUCUACCCCGUGGAGUCCCUCACAACUCUCCCCCUGGUGUUUGAUAUCAAUCUCGACCAGGAGGCAGCCAUGCGCCGUCUACACUACCUGGUGGAUGGAAGUUAUAUCGACAAUGGCACUCGCGGCAAAACGCUCACGUUUGUGCUGACCACAGUGACCUGCACGUUGAACGCUGGAGGCAGCAUGGCGGUGACCAUAAAGUCACAGCCGGCAGCCAUGGCCAUGUACAAUGCAUCGACAGACAACAUCGCACGGCUGGUACUGGAGGUGGUGUAUCUGGUGGGGCUGCUCUGGAAUGUGUGUGGCGAGCUGCAGGAGAUGGCCGAAUGCACUGCCGUUGAUGGCUCUGUGCUCAGUUACUUUGGCCUCGUGUGGAACUGGGUCGACAUGCUCUCCUUCGCACUGCAACUGGCUUCCGUUGUCAUCUGGGUGGUGCUGUGGUGGUACGUGGACGCGUUUGACAUGCAGCCACGCUACGACAUCUACUACACGCUGCUCGAGAUGCCGCGCUACUGGGCCGUGCCCAACCCGCCCACGGGCUUCAUCGGCGCCACUCAGGCCUUCGCAGAGCUGCGUAACAUCAUCAACCUCCGCGCCGUCUACUUCGCCCUUCAGGGCAUCAUCCUCGCCACGCCCUCGCUGCACUUCUUCCUGCUCUCCUUUGCCGUCUUCUUCUGCUUCACCAUGUACGGCUACCUCGUCUUUGGAGGCGCACUCGAAAUGCCCGCUUUCCCACCCGAUAGCGACUCUCAAGAGCGGCGGCAGCACGUGCUGACAGCGAGGGAGAAGCGCAUCGAUGCCAUCUCACUCGCUAUGAUCCUGCAGCGCCGCCAUGACAGGGAGGGCAUGUGUUAUGCCAUGCCUUGUGGCAAGCCAGGCGUUCUAGGUGAGCCCCACAAGACUGAGUCACUGCCCAAGUUUUGGCCCCGGACAGGUUCGAGUGAGGGUGGAGAGGCGCUGGAGCAGCUGUCGCAGGCAGUGGUGCUACAGUGCGGCGAGGUCGUGAAGCAGGCUGUCCUGCCCAUUAAGAAGCCCGUGCAAAAGCUCAGUCUUGCUCACAUCAAGGUGGGAAAGGAAGGCCGUGCAUUCAGCGUGAAAUCCCUGCCAUGCAUUCACAGCAUCUUUUCAUCCUCCUCCUCCCUUUCCCACGCCAACCCCAACUCCUCCCUGCCCUUGUGUGUGUGUGAGAGAGAGCAGGAGGAGUUGGCGUGCAGCCGGGCAGAGGUGAAGGAGCUGAGGGGCAUGAUGGCAGACAUGCAAGCACUCAUGCUCGACCUCCUCGCCCGCACGCCCCCCACGGGAAAGACUGCCCAUGCAAUGGGUGCUCCCGCAGGGCUGCCAGCGCCGUCAGGCAUGCUGCGAGCCUACACAGAGCCCUCGCGUCUCUCCGUCUCUCUCACGGACUCUUCGGAGCCUCUGGAACAAGCGGGAGGCAGGAGGGACAUGCCACAAAGGGUCUGCGAUAGCGGGACUGGUGGGGGUGCAGUAGACGGGGUGGAGAGAGAGGGGGGCGUAUGA